CGAUGUUGCACCAUCUUCAACUCUUCCCGGGAUCCAGGGUUUUUCGAGAAAAGGUCCCAUCCUUCAAUAUCAUGAUUGGGUCGACUCGACCAGGCCAGAUCAUGAGUGAAUAGAAAAUCGAAAACGUACAUAGCUGUUCCAGCUGAAAUACUUGGAAUAAUUCUACCACUUCUACUAGGAGUAGCCUUUUUAGUGCUAGCUGAACGUAAAGUAAUGGCUUUUGUGCAACGUCGAAAGGGUCCUGAUGUAGUGGGAUUGUUCGGAUUGUUACAACCUCUAGCAGAUGGUUCGAAAUUGAUUCUAAAAGAACCUAUUUCACCAAGUAGUGCUAAUUUCUCCCUUUUUAGAAUGGCUCCAGUGGCUACAUUUAUGUUAAGUCUGGUCGCUCGGGCCGUUGUACCUUUUGAUUAUGGUAUGGUAUUGUCAGAUCCGAACAUAGGGCUACUUUAUUUGUUUGCCAUAUCUUCGCUAGGUGUUUAUGGAAUUAUUAUAGCAGGUCGGUCUAGUAAUUAGGGGGCGGCCGUUCGGUCGCCUAUGAUACUAGGACCAAUAGGUCAAAAAUGGGUUUGUGCCGCAGGUGUUGAACGAUCUACUCUACACAGGUGUGGGCUUACAAGGGCUAGGGCUUAUAAACCCUUUCUUUCAU